CUUACACAGAGAUUUUUAUGUCGCGACCGCAAUAAUAACAUUCGCGCCCUUUUUGACAUUUUCUUUUAAAUUUAGUACUCUCUUGCACAAUAUUUCAUUUAGUUAUGCAUGUUUUGUGUACGGAUUAUAAGUUCUUCCCCGGUUUUAUCGUAGAUUAGUUGUGAUAAGAUUGUUACAAACAUAAUUUGACAGUCUGUAAUAAAACUACAAAAUGAAUUUAGUGUCGGCGUUGAUGUCCGGUAUAUUUAUUUUUAUGUGUUUGUAUCUGUUCUGGAUGUGGUUCUGUUUUGGGACGUUCGCUAAGAGACGGCAGAAGACGCGCAGUCAGCAGCAGAGGCGGGCGUUCACGGGCUCGCGAACACGCCCCUCCCUGUCUCAAUCAGAACCAACUAUCUACGUCAGCCCCGCCAACUUACCCCCACCGCCUAAAUACGAGGCCAUGGCGCCACCUAGCUACGAGGAGGUGGUCGGUAUCCACUACCCCCAAUACCAGAUCCCCGUGCAGCCAAUCACGGUGCCCAUCACCACAGCACUAGCACAGAACUCCACAGACGUCAGCCCCAGCGGUUCGCGAACUGACGGUUCCAGAACCGAGGAACCCCAAACCGUCAUUACCGUCACCACCGACGACAGAAGGACAGUCACAGUCGCCACUUCAUAGUAUUCUAGUCAAGGAAACUGUUUAUUCGAAAAAAUCGAUUAAAUUUCAGUUUAAUCGAUUUUUGUCGAUCACUAGCUGGGCUAGCUUAAUGAAUUCCGGCAAAAUGUAUAUCGAUAAACCAUUCACAACACUAGCUGGACUAGUUAGGAAUCAUAUAGUAAAUUCCAUUUUUUAGGGUUUCGUAGCCAAAUGGCAAAAACG